UUAUGACAUGGUGUGAAUUAUAUAAUUUUCUGUUUUCGUUCCAGUUUUCAAUAAAUCCUAAUUUUUUAUAAACAAAGAUGUCUGCGCUCAUGAAAACAAAAAUGACUGACUAAUUUGCUGAUGGGCAAAUAGAACCAUGAGUAGCAUGUUGAAGUCUGGUCUUUUUGAACGGCUCCGUCCCAUAUGUGUCCAGCUUACAAGGGAACAUACUCGGGAAAACGUCACUGCUCUCUUUCAGGGUAUAAAUGGCCUGGAGAGAAAAUAUAUGCAGGAGUUACAGGAAUAUGUUCUCUUUCCACUUCGGAUAAUACUCAAACAGGAGAAAAAAUAUGCUGGAGAGUUGUAUGUGGAUAUCUAUCAGUGUAUGGAGUAUGUACUGGCUCGGAGCUGUGUCACACGAUGGGAUAUGUUUCUGGACAUCUUUAACACUGCCUGUAUGGCACUCAGUGACCCCAGCGAUCCAUCCAAAGUGUCCAGUUUAUCAGAAGAAUUGAAGCUGGCCAUUGUUCAGAUGUUGUUAUCACUAUUGAAGAGUUCAGAUUUUAACAUCAUAGAGAACCUGUUUGCAGUGGGAUGUCUCCCUGUUUUAGGACAUGCUGUGUCAAUGUUAUUAAAUAUCGCUGACCAGGAACGAUCAAGGCCAUUAAAAAUCGCUGCUGUGGGAUUUCUCAUUGAACUUUGCCAGGACGACAGAAAAUAUUGUACCAGUAUGAAGGUGAAGCUGGGUGACACAUUAGCUUCCUUCCUCCCGGGACUCACCAUCACGUUGAGUCGCCUUAUUAGCUGUGAUACUCAUCAGGGACAGGCUGUUAUACAGUUUCAGACUGCUCUGGAUCUUCUGACAAAGUAUAUGAGGCUGGUACUUGAUGAUGUACUUGUUGCAGAGAGUCAGUCAAAGAGCAAACAUCAAGGCCACAGUGUACAAGCAAAUACAAAACUUGAGAGUUUGGUGGUACAGAGAAAUCCUGAUUGGUUGAAAAAUACAGGGUCAAAGUUGGCAGUGAUUGUGAAACAAGUGACCAAAGUGAGAAGUCAUUCAAGCUGGAAAGUGAGACUUGCCCUGGUGGACUGGGCCGGAACCAUGCUGCACCACUGCCGUGGGAACCUAGAGGAGAGUGUGUCAGAUCUCCUGGCUGUGUUGGUGGGUCGACUUGGAGAUGACUACCCAAAGGUGUCCUCACACAGCCGUCAAAGACUGGAUAAGUUUGCUGCCUCACUGGACGGAAAACAGUGUCGCCCUCUAGUGGAGAUGUUAGAAGAGAAUCUUUAUAGCCUGUCAAUGUCUCUCCCUCGACAAAUGAACACCACAGAUGAGGAAGAAAAGUUGUUUGUGGUUCAGCUGCUGGUAGGAUACUUGGAACUACUCGGAGACCAAAUGGAUGGACUGCUGCUCUCCCAUGGACGUCGACUUCUCAUGUCCCUGGUACAGGUCCUGGAGAUGGACUACAGUGAUAUCAGGAUCGUAGAGGAGCGCACAACUAUCACGGGUGAUGGAGCAAGUGCCUUGAAUCCGGAUACUUCACCUAAUGUUCUCCCACUCCGAAAAUACUUCAAACAUUUCCACGACACUCAGAUCUACAAACAGCUACAGCGAGCCUGUCGGUGCUUAGGACACUAUGGUAGCACACCUUUACUGGUGGACCAGGUACUGGAUAUUACCUACAUGUCUGGAACCUACAAACCUCAGGCCAUCCUCAUGCUAAACGACAUCAUCAGUGGUACUGCAGAGAAAAAAGGCACACCAACACUUUCAUCAUCUGCUGAUUGGCCUGACCACCAACUACAGAGUACAAUUAGUAUGUUAGUGGAAGAAUACUUGUCACCUGGAAACUUCUACCUUGUAACCAUGGCAACUGAGGAAAGUGGGAAACAUCAACAGGUGCCAGGAAGUUCAUUAAGGGCCAUAACUCUAGUUUCAAAUGAAGAGAGUGUGAGUGUAUACAACAGGAACACAGUGUUGAUCUGUCUACUACUGGAAGGACUCGGAACCUUCGCUAAGGUACUUGGCAGGAGUUAUCUUCCUUUGUUGAUGCAGACACUGUACCCAAUGUUGGAAAAACUAGGAGACAAUACAGCUGUAAUCAGCACUGCAGCUUACCUGUCACUAUGUACCACCUGUACAGCAUGUAAUUACAGAUCUAUUGCAGAAUUGAUUCAGAAAAAUGCUGAUUAUCUGGUAAAUGCUAUUUCUCUCCGACUACGCCAUUUCCAUGACAACCAACAAAGCCCUCUGGUGUUAAAGGUCAUGUUGCAGUACAGCAGUAGUGACCUUCUACCGCUGAUAGAUGACACCAUACAGGAGAUUUUGGAUGUGCUAGAUGACCACCAUUUGGACCAGGCAGUGUUGUUUAUGGGAGUGCUACAUGAACUUACCAAAGCCAUUGUCAGAUGGUUCCCUCCUGUCAAGCAGCAUGAGGUGACAGCAAAUACCCAAGAAGAGGAACCGAAUGAUAGGUCAGAGGUACAACCUCAAGGAUAUACUGGAGAAAAGAAGCCGUCUGAUGGGUCAGAGGGACGGCAGCAAGGAAAUACCGGAGAAAAGGUGCCGUCUGAUGGGUCAGAGGGACGGCAGCAAGGAAAUACUGGAGAAAAGGAACUGUCUGAUAGGUCAGAGGGACGGCAGCAAGGAAAUACCGGAGAAAAGGGGCCGUCUGAUGGGUCAGAGGGACGGCAGCAAGGAAAUACUGGAGAAAAGGAGCCGUCUGAUGAGUCAGAUGGAGGGACGCUGCUGCCCUUUAUACUUCAAUACUGUCAGCAGAAGAAGCUGGCCAGUGGGGAUGUUACUGAGGAGGACAUUACAGACAAUGAUAUCAUAGAUGGUUCAGAAACAACACAGGAUGUUGACAAGGGGGAUAACUCUGAACCAAACACCAUCAAGUUUCUGAAACAGGUGAUGAUACGUUGUAAACACCUCCUGUCUUCCCACAAUGCACGCCUACGAAUUCUGGUAUUGGACACCAUCAGUCAAGCAUGUCAAGCACUAGCAGAUCAUACAAAUGAGUUGUUGCCGCUACUACAUGAAAUCUGGGUUCCGUUCAGAGCAAGAUUUAUUGACGAAGAAAAGUUAGUCAUUAAGAAGGCUCUAGAGGUUCUGUCAGUAAUGGUGUGUAUGAGUGGAGACUUUCUAAAACAACGUGUGGUGAAGGAUGUGCUGCCAGUCAUUAGAACAUUCCUGGAUAAACAGUCUCAGAUCAGCUUGCAGGCGGGUCAGGCAUACCUGUAUACUGUCAGCUGUAGACUACAACAACAGGCCCUUCAGGUGCUCGGCAGUCUCAUCGUUCAGCUUGGUCUGUCUGGGAACUGCCUAGAUAGUAUCCUUGGAGUGUGUGUUUCCUACCUCAGCACACGGCAACCUAAACCACUACAACAGGUUUCCAUGGAGAUCUGUACACAGCUGGCAGCCAUUGCAAGUGAUGAACUUUGGCUUCGAUUGACUGACUUAUACAGGGAGGAGGAUUAUACACCACCACACCCGAUCUUCUCACCUGUAAAGUUCCAUAGCAAAGUCGGAUGUCAGAAUGAAUUCACUGAUAACAUCCUGAGACUGAGAAGGUCUGGGAACUUUAAGGGGACUUGAAUGUGUUGAUUUGUGAUUGGUUGAUUAUCACAUGAGUUCCGACUAAUCAAAUGCCUUGUUCCUUGGAGUAGGUUUCAAUUGAUUGAAAACCAGAUAUGUACGACCUACAGAGCUUCUUUCAGGCCAUAGUACUCAGUUGAUACACCAACACACUGAGGGCACCGUGGGUGAAGGUCCUAUGUUUAUGGUUAAAUCCCUAAAUUGUGUCAGUUUCCAUUUCUCUGGAAGCUGUGAUCGAUCAUCCUAUGCUGUUUUGUGAUCUUUGGCAAGACACUUCAUCCCAAAUCUUCUGGUUAGCCUGCAGUGAUGUAGCCACCAGCUACUACCAACAGAUCCAAGAACCUAAAAGACACCCAGGCUGAUGUGUAUGUGACCUCUGGCAAGACACUUUAUCCCAACUCCUCUGGAUAGCGUGCGGUAAAUGCCCCCAUGUAUGUUGUUCAGUGAGGUAGCCACCAGCUACUACAAGCAGACAUCAUGGCCACAAAAAGACCCUCGCUGUUAAUGUGAUGAGAAUCCUUAGAGUCUAUGAAGACCUUCAUAAUGUAUUCCGUCAACACAAUUUUGAUUGCUUGAACUACAGAAUCUAAAUGUUUAUGGCUUUCAUCAUUUAAGUGCUAUACAGAAAUUAAAUCAACUGCAGAAUAUGUAUGGGUUUUACAUGUUCAGAUGUCUAUGACCAACAUGUUGUUUGUAUGAAACGCAGAACGUGUUAUGAGGUAUACUGAAUGAUCAAGGGUAUAUUAGAUUUAUCAACAGGAUCGGUUACCGAGGGACACGUUCAACCACAGUAAACAAGAAUGUGUUGAUGUUGAGUAAGGUGUUUAUCUGUUCAUAUCCAAUAAAUAUCAAGUAAACAUAAAUACAA